UAUAACCCUUUCUUUAUUAUACAUCAACACAAAAAAUGGAGAUCUUGACAAGUAUCCAAACUCAAAUAUCCUAGAGAAAAUCCCCCAUAAAAAUUUCAUAAACAGUUGGCCCGCUCUUAAACACAACCCUCCACCACUUUACCUUCCACCAUUUCUUUUCCCAUUACCCCUUUUCUCUUCUCAUUUUAGUCCCUAACCAGAAACAUCCAAAGCCACGUUGGAAGAACCAAUGUCAACAGUACCAUAUUCCCUAUGGUCUUCCAUUUUAAGCUGGUUUACCCCAACUGUGUUCUUUGUCUUCCUUAACCUUACAAUAGGUACCAUCUAUUUCACUUCCACUUUGAGUUCCAGCAAGCCUAGUAGUGACGCACAAAGGCAGUACCACCCAGAUGAUGAAACAAACCCAAAGUUUGUUAGAUCUCCAUCUAUGUUGCAGAGGCUGAAAUCUAUCAACUUGUCUGCUUACAGAUCUCAAGAACCUGUUGUUGCUAGUGCUACCACUGCCUAUGAAAGUGUCUCUGAUGUGGGUGAUUUCCAUUUCUCUUUUCAACAACAAAACCCUCAACAACAGCGCCAGCCUUCCUUUGAGAGAUCCCCUUCUGUUUUGCAAAGGCUAAAGUCCAUUAAUCUCUACGGUUACUUCUCCCCAGAGCAGACCAAAAGCCAUGAGAGUUACCCCCAUUAUCCUCCAGAGGUAGCUCAGGGUGAGGGACAUGAUGAAAAGGUGCAAGAGCCUGAAAAACAAGAUGAAAGGGAGGGAACCCAAGGUGAAGGAAAAACGCUUGAUGAAGUAUACAGUCAACUGAAGGAGGGAAAUCAUGUUGCGAGGACCAAAUCUGAUACUAAACCAGCAUCUGGUGAGGUACCAACUAAGCUUCCGAGGAAGAUGAAGAAAUCUGCAAGUGUAAAGUCUGCUUUUCGACAUUUCGAGGAAGGAGAUAUCGUGGAAAAUCGACGGCCGGCCACCGUGAGAGAAGGGAAAGAGAAAGCUACGGAGGAAGAAGACGAUGAGGUGGAUGCCAAAGCUGAUGAUUUCAUCAACAAGUUCAAGCACCAGCUGAAACUGCAAAAGCUUGAUUCCAUCAUUAGGUACAAGGAGAUGAUCAAUAGAGGGAGUGGUAGGUGAAAAGCUUUACAUUUUCAAUCUUUUUUCGGGGGUUAAUUUCAGGGUUUAAUUAUUGGUGUAGAUCUACUACUGGUAUUGUUUACAUCUGUUGGAACUUUGUGUUCAGGAAAAAAAAUAUGGCACUUUCAUUUCAUUUUCUGGUUUUUUUUAUUUUUUAUUUUAAGUUUCCUUUGAAUGGGGUUUAUCAGUUGUGUUA